UCUUCAGUAAACAUUUACUCUUCGGCUCGUGCUUUCCUAACUUUGUUACCGCGUUAUAACUUUAAAAUAAGUACAUGCAUAAUAUACAUACUGUACUCGCGUGAAAAUGGAAAAGCGUAGUUUUUUUGCAAUUGUUUAUCUGUUGUACGUUUUUUUCUCGUACGUUGGUGCUCAAAGUGACAAGGCAAAUUCUGCAACACAAUGUCCUCGUGUGAUAACACGUGCCGAGUGGAAAGGUUGCAAGCCUCGUUCGAGAGAAAAAAUGCCACUCACGCCAGUACCUUACGUAGUAAUCCAUCAUGGUGGUAUUGCCAAGUACUGCCAUGAUAAAAUCACCUGCUCGGAGAUAGUACGCUCUUAUCAGAAACUCCACAUGGACGAGAAUCAUUGGGUCGACAUUGGAUAUUCUUUCGUUAUUGGAGAGGAUGGGAACAUUUACGAAGGUCGUGGUUGGGACAACGUUGGUGCUCACGCACCCAAGUACAACAACCAGAGCAUUGGCGUUUGCAUCAUCGGUGAUUUUACGAAAUUUAUGCCAAACGGGGCUGCGUUGAGGGCACUGAGUUCGCUCGUAGAGUGUGGAGUUAAUUUUGGCAAAAUAAGCAAGGAUUAUCGUGUGGUGGGCCACAGACAAGUGCGGGAUACCAAGUGUCCGGGUGAGACUUUCUACCAGUACGUGCAAAGUUUACCUCAAUGGGCUAAUAACCCUGUGCCGACAGUGUGAUGCGAAAAAUCGGUGCAAAAAUUAAUUUAUCCAUUGCGUUUGAGUAAAUAUUUUUUGUCAAAAUAACUGUGUGAUUACUUAGUGGUUGGCAAGGUUUAUUUGUAGGAUAAUUUUAAACUUAUUUUAAAUUUGAAUUUGU